AUGGCCGCCGACGACGCCGACGACGCGCCGCCGACCAAGCCGCCUCCACCGCCGCACGACCCCGCCGGCGCCGAGGCCCUGGCGGCCUACCUGGGCGUGGCCUUCGCGCUCUUCCUCGCCUCGCUCCCGGGCGGCGCCGCCGGCGCGCGCCACGUGGCGUCGCUGCAGUCGCGGGGCCGCGUCCUGGCCACGCGCCUCCUGGCCGCCGAGGACCAGCUGCGUCAGCUGCGCGCGCGCCGGCGCGAGGACGCCCGGGCCAACGCGCGCGCGGCCGAGAUCUUCGCGGGCCACCGCGCGUCCUGGGCCGAGGCCGAGCGCCGCCUGCUCGCCCGCGCCGCGGCCGCGAGCGACGAGGCCGCCUCCCUCCGCGCGCGCCUCGCCGACGCCGAGGCCCAGGCCGCCGCGCUCCGGGCCCGCGCCGACCGGCUCGAGCGCGAGGCCGCCGACCGCGACGGGCUCCUCAACGCGCUCCUCGCCGCCACGGGCAACGGCGCCGACCAGGACGCUGCCGGUGCGCGGCACCAUCAGUUGGAUCCGGCCGAGGGCUACGGCGACACCGACGCGGAGGCCCUGGCCGCCGCCGCCGCGCUCUACGCCCAGCAGCGCCAGCAGCAGGACGGCUUCGGCGGCGGCGGCGGCGACGACUUCUACCCCUCCUCCUCCUCCGCGGCGGCGGCGGCGGCAGCGGCGGCGUCGGGAAUGCCGCCCUGGAUGGACUCGCGCCCGAAAGGGUGGCAGGACAUGAAGUAUGAAUCAGUCGAGUCAAUGUACAACACAAAGCAUGCUGUACCACGGAGAGAAUCACCUUGGAAGGUGGACGUGGAAUCGUCAGGAGUUCCUGCAAAGCUUCGGCUGCUUGAUCAGGAGUUAAUCAAUCUGGAGAAGGUUGGAAAUGGAGAUCUAUCCAAGAUCCCGUUGGUGAUGAGAAAGCAAGUAAAGAGAUACCAAACUCUUGCUGGGAAGAUUGACGAUCUUUGCAAACGAAUGCAAGCGAAUGACCCUUGUGAUUCGACACUCAACUCAGAGUUCAGAACGCAGCGGCAGACAGAGUACUUGCUGGAAGCGUUCCACCUUCAGCACCGAGCAGCUGAGACAAGGCAGAAGCUCGGCACAGUGCAAGCAGAGACCGCGAAAAGCAGCUUCGGCGACGAGCUGCCAGCAGAAGCCAAAGUGAGCACAAGACGGGCACUAAGUUCAGCCAGGAACAACUUCAAGGAAAUCCAGCGAAGCCUGGAGAUUUGGCUGGCGAGGAUCCUCGGAGACCUCGAGGGCAUGCUUGCGAGGGACGGGGCGUCACGCAUAAGAGAGUACAUUCUGUCCCCCUACGCGUCUUCUGUUCGAUGAGCAGGGCUGCUAUGGAGCGUCUUGACUUAAUUCAUUGAUGUGGGCGCACUACACUGAGGCGCCGUCGUCAGGUGAGUUACCCAAUGCAAAUUCAGCAUGUGAGGCCAUCAGGCUCCCUGUGUUGUUGGCUGGUAUUCUUGCAACCCUUGGCAAAUGUGAAGAGGAGUGAUCUAAGACCAUGCCAAACCUGAGAUCACAUUUUGAUCCAACCCUCUACAACCAACAACCCCAUCUCUUUCUCCCCUCGGCGUCAAGGUUUGACACGGAAUCCUGUCAUGUUUUAGAUCAAUUCUCUUCACAUUUAUCAAUAGUGUUGUCAAGAACACCGUGCGGCAAGGGCGCAUCCAGUUUUUUUUUUUUUUUGAAGGGCUAGCUGUUGUAUAUGUGGUAUGUGCUUAUGAUUCUGAUGGAUUCAUCAUAUUUGCUGCACUGUAUGCCUGUAUGUAGCACAUUUCCUUGAUGCACAGAACUGUACCAGUCUUGUUAUUAGUCUAAGAUUAUUACUGAUC